GCUGGCGGCCGUUGCUGCGCUUGCUCCGCUCCUCGGCGCGGUCCGGCUCGCCGCGGCCGCCCGGGAGAGUGCGCCGUCCCCGGGCGCGGCAGAGCUCAGAGCGACAAGGAGCGGGAGGAUCCUGCACCCGCGGCUGCCACCGGCCACAGAGGGCCAGCCCGGAUGCGUGCGGCGGAGUUGCAGCGCUUCUCAACGCGCUGAAGCCCCAGAAGACCCCCUGCCUCCCGAGAGCCAGCCAAGAAAGGAGAGGGAAUCUCCUAUAGCCUCAUCGGAACGGGAACACAUUACCAGAACUUAGAAAUCCUCUUUUGGACAACCACUUCUCCAAGGAGGACGCAGCCCUCUAGACCCAUGUGACCACCUGUGAAGAACCUACCUACCUGCACCAGCUGGCCGCCCCAGCUCCCACCAUGGGCCCCGCGGGGAGCACACUGAGCAGUGGGCACGUGCAGAUGCAGAUGGUUCUGUGGGGAAGUCUGGCUGCCGUGGCCGUGUUCUUCCUCGUCACCUUCCUCAUCUUCCUGUGUUCCAGUUGCGACAGAGAGAAGAAGCCAAAGCAGCACGGUGCGGACCACGAGAGCCUGAUGAAUGUGCCUUCGGACAAGGAGAUGUUCAGCCACUCAGCGACCAGCCUGACAACAGACGCACUGGCCAGCAGUGAGCAGAAUGGGGUGCUCAGCAAUGGCGACAUCCUUUCAGAAGACAGCACCUUGACCUGCAUGCAGCAUUACGAGGAAGUUCAGACCUCGGCUUCGGAUCUCCUGGACUCCCAGGACAGCACGGGAAAACCCAGGAGUCACCAGAGCCGAGAGCUGCCCAGGAUCCCCCCAGAGAACGCCGUGGACGCCAUGCUCACAGCCAGGGCUGCGGAGGGGGAGCCCGGGCCCGGCGUGGAGGGGCCCUACGAGGUGCUCAAGGAUAGCUCCUCCCAGGAGAACAUGGUGGAGGACUGCCUGUACGAAACCGUGAAGGAAAUCAAGGAGGUGGCAGACAAAGGCCAGAGCGGCAAGUCCAAGUCCGCCUCGGCCUUGAAGGAGCUGCAGGGCCCGCCCCGCCCAGAGGGCAAAGCCGACUUCGUGGAAUACGCCUCUGUGGAUAGGAACAAGAAGUGCCGCCACAGCAUUAACGCCGAGAACAUUCUGGGAACUUCCAGUGACCUGGAAGAGGAAGCCCCACCACCCGUCCCCGUUAAACUUCUGGAUGAGAACGCAAACCUUCCGGAGAAGGGAGAGAGGCAGGCAGCAGAGCAAGCCCCAGAGGGGACCAGCGGGCACAGCAAGAGAUUUAGUUCCUUGUCAUAUAAGUCUCGGGAAGAAGACCCAACUCUUACAGAAGAGGAGAUCUCAGCAAUGUAUUCCUCAGUGAAUAAACCCGGACAGUCAGCACACAAACCUGGAUCGUCUCCGAAAGGGCCAGAGCCUGCAUGCCCCUCCAUGCAGGGAACCCCUCAGAGGUCACCCUCUUCCUGUAAUGACCUCUAUGCCACCGUGAAAGACUUCGACAGAUCCCCCAACAGCCUCAGCACGCUCCCCCCAGCAAGGAGGUCCAGCGAGGAUCCUGAGCCUGACUAUGAAGCCAUACAGACUCUAAACAGAGAGGAAGAAAAGGUCCCUCUGGAGACCAAUGGCCACCUUGUCCCCAAGGAGAAUGACUACGAGAGCAUUGGGGACUUGCAGCAAUGCAGAGAUAUCACCAGGCUCUAGCAACCCAGAAGGUGGUUCCCAACGAGCCUCUCGUGCACCAGGAGACAGUGCUGCCUUGGGAUAAGAAGAUGUCCAUCUCACACUGCUUCCAUUAACUGAAGUCCAGCACAGGGGUCACAGCUGUUCCCCAGUUCCUGAAACAGUAAGGUACGGACUCACCUGUCAGGGCACAUGUCACAAGGAAGGCAGGCUGUGAGGGGAAGCUCCUCCCACCAAUGCUGAAAUCCAUCUGCCUGGAAUCCCUACCACCCUGGGGAUGAGCCAAGGUUUUCUUCCUUAAGUCCUUUGCUUUGUCUACUCCAGUGCUAAAAUUCCCAGCAUCUUACCACGGGAGACCUUCCCGUGUCUGUGUUCAUUCCAAGGACUGUCUCCACAGGCUUGGCGCUAGUCUUCGGCUAGACCUUACGAUGGUGAGAAAUGGGUGCUGGUCCUCAUGUAGACCAGUAGACCACCCCCUUCCCAGACCUGCUGUGUUGGUCGCUGGGAAUGUGGACAGUGCGCCUCCUGUGUUUGGGGUGUGACGUCUCUGGAGUCUCUGGGGUCUUUGCUCCUGGUUUUUGCACCGAAUCUGCAGUCUUUUUCACAAGGUACUUUAGACACUUUUUAAAAUUUUCUGUUCAAAAUCCCCACCACCACCACCACAGUGUUCAGAAAUUUGUCAAAGCCUUUUCUGAAUUCCCAGUGACUACUAUGGUACUUCUGAAGUUGUUUGAACCCAGCGCUCUUCCUUCCAAACAGAGCCUUAAUGUUGAAGUUGGGACCCAGGCCACUCGUGCAGAUGGCAGCCAUGGUAUCUGUCCCUAAAGGGCUGUGGACAUGAAUUUGUGUUUCCAGUGAUCUCUGCUGCCCACAUGUGUGACUUUCCUGUUAUCCAAUGGUAAUCUAAGAGUAAAAUGUAAACAUUUAUUUUAUUAUAUAAAUUUAUAAGAUGUUUUAUGUCUCAUGCCUAAUUUCUAGAAAAUGCCAGAAAAUAUAUAUUAACUAUUUUGGUUUUAUGUACAAUGAUUUAUACUCUCAAUUUGAAAAAGACGCCAUAAAGCACAUAAGCUAGAUAAUUAUGAACGUUUUUU